AUGGACAUAACUAAUAAUAUAAGUAAUUCCAAUACCAUAACAUCAACAACAAAUACACCAAAACGAGUGCGGCUUGAAAGUGAAGAUUGGAUUGACAAAGCACCACGAUCCCGUCUACUGGAACGUUGGAAAGAACAAGAUUCAUAUAUUGAUUAUUUAGAAUCACGCUUACAGCAGCUACAACAAUCUAUUGAAUCGAAUGAACGUUUACGAGAAAAAGAAACUGAAUGUAAAAAAUUGAAAUCUAUGUUGAAUUAUCGAUUUUUAACUAAAACAACUCAACAGCAAUCAUUGGAUCAAAUGCGAGAUAUGAUGCAAACACCAUCAUUCAGUCGUCUUCGACAAACAUAUUUAGAUCCAUCAAUUAAUCUUAUUUAUGGAAAAAUGCGUGACGAAAUUGAACAUAGCCGUAAAGCUCGCGAAGAAGCACAAAAAGAAUUACAUUCAUGGCAAUUCACACCAGAUAGUAAAACUGGUAAGAUGCUCAUGGCACGAUGUAAAAAAUUACUCGAAGAAAAUGAACAACUGGGGAAAAUAGUUUCAUCGGAUAAUGUCGCUAAAUUGGAAGGCGAAGUAUCUUUACAAAAUCAACUUUUAUUAAAUAUGAAAGAUGCACAAAAAGACUAUGAAGACAUUGUGUUAGAUAUGGAUACAAAUAUGGAUGCUAUGUCAAGCAUAUUACUUCAUAUGCGUCAACAAUUAACUGAUUCUCAUCAACAAAUAACUUUAUUGAAUGAAGAAAAUGCUCGAUUAAAAAGUAGCUGUCCAUCAACAACUAAAACUUUAAAUACACCAAAUGGCAGUAAUCAUACAGAUUCAUCAUCUAUUGCUUCUACAAUGACAAAUAGCAAUAAAUUGUCACAGAAACGAUCACAUUCAUCCAAUAGGACUACACAAAAUGUUGCCACUACAAAUAAAUUAAAAACAUCAACUAAUUUAUAUGAUGUAGAUGAAACACAUUCGCCACCACUAGCACCAUUGUCAUCAAAUGAGACGAUGGAUGUCGAAUCUAGUAUAUUGACAUCGACAUCAACGAACAGUACUACUACUACUACUACUAAUAAUAAUAAUAAUAAUAAUAAUAGUGAGCAUCUGAAAAGGACUAGCACGCUUGAAAAUGGAAUUAAUGUUGCCAAUUGA